AUGGCUUACGUUUACGCUAAGAUCGACUCUCCUUUACUUACUCAUGACCACGACAUUACGAAUCAGCAACUUUCGUCUGGAACGAAUGCGCUGCCCGUGCUCGCCACUCGCUUCAACGACGCGUGCUCGAUGAAUCGCCAUGACACAGUGUUUAAUGCUGACGACACCCUCUCAUCUUCUUCUUUCUCUACUUCUUUCUCGUAUGGCGAUGCCGGCCUUCUCUCGGUCUCGUCCUCGAUGACCUCGACGGCGUCGACAAACAGCAGCUACGACGAACUGCCUACGCGCCCUUCUUCCAGUCAGGGAUGGACCUUUGAAGGUGCUUGGAGCGUCGGAGUUCCCGAGCCGGUUCAGGCCAGGCAUGCAGACGCAGACUUUCUCAUCGCUCAAUACGUCGCCCUUCAGUUGAGAGCAGAUUCGACCGACGACUUUAGCCCUCUUCCACAGACGCAAGGGACUCCGGGAUUCCGUUUCACACCAAAGAUCCAGAACAGGAGAGCAAGCGGCUCGUACACUGACCUGAUCGACGCGCUCGGUCUGCGCACGCCCAGAAUGCCAUCUCGUCGGGCAACGUUUCCAGCAUACACCAGUCCCAGAUUCACGGCACCAGUUGUCCACCCGACGAUUAUGAUCACUGCACCGAGCUCGGAGACGCAAACGAGUCCAGUAGUCGAGGACGACAAGUUGCUGACGACAUACUAUUCGCCUAGACUUCCGUUAGAUGAAGAGGCAACCCCUCUUGUUCCACCUAUGCACCAAUUCCAAGAGGAGUACGACCCAGAGGACGACAUUUGCUUGAGCCAAGUCCAGCGGAAUCUCAAAGAGGCAUCGCGGGCUGAACAAUUGUCCAAGGGAAGUAAGAGGCGUUAUAUGGGAUUGUUCUGGAUAUAG